GUAAGAUAGUUGAAGGGACUCAGCGAAGUAACAAAGGAGCUAUGAUGAGCCGCAAGAGAGACAAACCCUACACAUACCGCAACACACCGGCGCGAAUAUCGAAACGCCGGCGACCAUGGGCACCACCACCGUCAUCGGAACAAGAUGAAGUCAUUGACAAACCAAUCUCCAAACCUCCGCCGCCACCUGCGUUGAUCGUUAUGGGACUUCCCGCCAACUGUUCAGUCCUGGAGCUGAAAUCACGAUUCGAGAUCUACGGUUCAAUCUCCCGGAUACGAAUCGACAAAGACGGGUUCGGAUCCGUUUCGUACCGCACCGUGGAGUCAGCAGAAGCAGCCAUUGCUGGUAGUCACGAGCCUUCUUUUGGUAUAUCCAUCGAUUCCAAAAAGGUGGAGGUGGUUUGGGCGACGGAUCCGUUGGUGAAGUGGAAGGAAGGUGUAACGGUGGGGGAAGAAAAGGAUAAAACGACGCCGUCGUCUUCGUCUAAGCUUGUUCGACCUGUGAUGCCAUUAAGAAAACACGGGAGAAGUAAUAGGUUAGUGUCAGCUAUAGUCAACCCGAGAAGUAAUAAUAAUUAUAACGACGGAGAGAUCGGUGGUGGAACUCCGGCGAGAUUAAGGGAGAUUAAACAGAGAGAUAUUGUAGCUUAUGAUGAUAUCCUAUAACAGUUUUUUUAGUUCUAAAAUCAAACUUUGAUUCUUUCAAAAUGUGUAUGUUUAUAUGAGUUUAGCAAAGUGUAUUCUCAUCUCGUAUGUGAGUAAAGUUUGGUUCUUUCAAAUUCUA